GAUUUCUUCUAACCGAAGUCAUCAGAAGAAAGAAAAGCAACGAAGAAAUACCAUCAACGGCAGAUGUUGGAAUCUGAUAUUGUAAUGAAAGUUAAAAGGUCAUAAAUGAUAUUUUCGAUUGUUGUAUUUGAAUUGAUGUUGUUCUUGAAAGUUUUCUCAUUUUCUAACCAGACAAAGCUAUAUGGCGCUCAUUUUCUAACCAGACAAAGCGAUAUGGCGCACUGUCUCGUUGGCCAUGCAAAGGGUACUUCCUUGUCCCUCCUCCCCUCCUCGCAGAUAGUUUAAACUUUACGCAAUUUCCUCGUAACUUCUCUCUGAUGUGUUUAUUUUGCUUCUCUCGGAGGAAAGCAAAAUGUACCAUUAAAUUAUGAAAAAUCUCGAAAACUGGUGAUUGGGACUUGAGGCAUGGGGCUUUGGUAAGAGUUGGCGGAGGGUUAGGCCAACUGUCACAGUCCACAAGCUGACGAGGGAUUCUUAGGGACACAUAUACUCCUCAUAGGUUGGAGAUGGUAUAAACAUGUUCAAUCUUAAUCCAAUACAUAACCGAUCUUCUGAAACCAUGACAUCUUCUUGCCAAGCAGCGUCCAUGGUUGCCUUAAGAGCAGUGUCUACCCUUUGUUUCAAAUUUGUCUGAGACACUGAAAAGACGCGAAGAGAAAUGAAUACGUGGACGUUCUCUUCUUUUGAAGUCUCCUGUAUGCCUGCACCGAAAGCCAAUCGACAAGUAGCCUUCCUCAAAAAGGGUUGUCUAAGCCGACGUGGUCCUUUUGACAGUGCAACGCUAAUUGAGUUUAAAAACGCUAUGGUUCGUGAUGAGGUUUGAAAGUGUAAAAGUAAAAGAAUUCUGAUAUAUCCCACAGUUUUGGAGCCAUACUUAUUGUAAAAAGAAACCAAACUCAGCCUGAAUCAAGCAAUGGAAUCAUUCUCUGGCAUAUACAUGCUGUAAAUUAAUCUUUGGUUCCAACAAUGGAGCGAGGCAACGGAGCAUCAGUUCUUCUACUCCACCGAUGAUCGAGGCAAGGUGCCGGCCUGAAGACGCUGAUUACACGAGGUAGAUCACCGACGUUGCUUUUUUCUUCCACUUUCGGCGGCCGAACAAUAUUGAAACAGACUCUGUUUCUCUGCGAUGGAGUGUGGGAUUGCUGUGGUUGGCGAGAACCUGCUCUCUACUCUCCUUGACGUAUUGUCCGAGGAGUUGGCGGCCCCUUUGCUGCUGGAGUUUGCUCGCAAAGAACAGGUCCAUGCCCAUCUCAAGAAAUGGGAGACCGUCCUCUUCAAGAUUCAGGCAGUGCUCGAAGACGCAGAGGAGAGGCAAUUCACUGAUCGGGUUGUUAAAAUCUGGCUUGAUGAGCUCAAGGACUUGGCUUACGACAUUGAGGAUGUACUUGAUGACUUUUCUACUGAAGCUCUUCGACAAAAGUCCAAGGAGCAGAGUCAAAGAAUCACCGGCAAGAUACGAAAAUUGUUUACUUCCUUUUUGAACCAUUUUACUUUUAAUUAUAAAAUGGCAUCUAAAAUAAAGGAAAUUACGGGAAGAUUGGAAGAUGUUGUUAAACAAAAAGAUGAUCUUGGUUUGACAGAAAGGGUUGGGGGUGGCCGUGAUAGAGUGCUGCGAAGGAUGCCCAGUACUUCUUUGGUGAAUGAAUCCCUUGUUUUUGGUAGGGAAAGUGACAGGGAACUUAUUAUUAAUAAACUUAUUCUGAAGGAGGAAGAAUCAAGUGAUGGUGGGAUUUCUGUGAUUCCCAUAGUUGGAAUGGGAGGGUUGGGGAAGACUACUCUUGCCCAGCUUGUUUAUAAUGAUGCCAGGGUUGAGACUUUCUUUAAAUUGAGAGCUUGGAUUUGUGUUUCUGAGGAAUUUGAUGUUGUUAGGGUGAUGAAAACUCUGUUAGAAUCCUUGACUUCAAGGGCUUGUAAUGUGAUUGACUUGAACGAGCUGCAACUAAAAGUAAAGGAGACAUUGUCUGAGAAGAGAUUUCUGAUAGUUCUAGAUGAUGUUUGGAAUGAGAACUAUAAUGAUUGGACGGUUCUUCGCAGUCCUUUAGAAGUAGGUUCUGCAGAAAGUAAAAUCAUCAUUACAACCCGUAGUCAACGAGUUGCAUCCAUGAUGGGAACUGUUUCUGCUUAUCAUUUGAAAGAAAUGUCGCGUGAUCAUUGUUUGUCUUUGUUUACACAACAUGCUUUGGGGAGUAGAAAUUUUGAUAAUUAUCCAAAUUUGAAAGAAAUUGGUGAGGCAAUUGUGAAAAGGUGUAAGGGCUUGCCAUUGGCUGUUAAAACACUUGCAGGCCUUUUGCGUUGCAAGAUAGGUUAUCAUGAAUGGGAAGAUAUACUGAAUAGCAGGAUAUGGGAUUUACCAGAAGAUAAUAGUGCCAUUCUACCAGCCCUGAGGUUGAGCUACCAUUAUCUUCCUUUUCAUUUGAAACCAUGUUUUGCUUAUUGUUCACUAUUCCCUAAGGACUAUGAAUUUGAGAAGGAUGAAUUAGUUCAAUUAUGGAUUGCAGAAGGUUUUAUCCAUCAACCUAAAGGAAUGAAGCAGGUGGAAGGCUUAGGUUUUGAGUAUUUUCAUGAAUUAUUAUCAAGGUCUUUUUUUCAACAAUCAAGUGUUAGCAAGUCAUGUUAUAUGAUGCAUGACCUCAUUAAUGAUUUAGCUCAAUAUGUUGCUGGUGAAGUUUGUUUCAGGUUGGAGGACAAGAUAAGUAGCAAUGGGCAAUGCUAUGUUUCCAAGAGGGCUCGCCACUCCUCAUUCAUUCGUCAGAAGUAUGAUGUUCGCAAAAAAUUUGAGUCCUUCUACAAAACGAAAUGCUUAAGAACUUUCCUAGCAUUACCUGUCUUUGUGUCAGAUCUGGAAGGAGAAUGCUAUUUAACUAAGACGCUGUUCCAAGACCUGCUGCCAAAACUUAGAUGCUUGAGAGUGCUAUCUUUCAGUGGUUAUUGCAUAAGUGAGCUGCCAGACUCUAUUGGUGAUCUCAAUCACUUACGAUACCUGAAUCUGUCUCGCACUAGAGUUAGGUGCUUACCUGAGUCACUGUGUGCUCUCUGCAAUUUACAGACGUUAAACUUGAGUGGCUGUAGGAAACUUACUAAAUUGCCUCAGGGAAUAGAGAAUCUCAUCAGCCUCCAUUAUCUUGAUAUUGCUGAUACUGAUAAUCUGAGGGAAAUGCCACUGCAUAUAGGUAAUUUGAUCAAUCUCAAGAAGCUGUCAAAGUUUAUUGUGGCAAAAGGCAGUGGGCCUAGUAUAAGAGAGUUGAAAGGCUUGUCUCAUCUUCAAGGGCAGCUUUCUCUAUUUGAGUUGCAAAAUGUGGCAGUGAUUCGAGAUGUAAGGGUUGCCAAUCUAAAGGAGAAACGUGGACUUGAUGAGUUAGUCAUGAAAUGGAGUGAUGCUCUUAAUGGUUUUCAGAGCAAAGUAGAUGAAAUUGAUGUUCUCGACAUGCUAGAACCCCAUCAAAAUCUGAAGAAACUCAGCAUAUUGUCUUAUGCAGGUUCGAAGUUCCCAUCUUGGAUUAGGAUCCCUUCAUUUGUUAACAUGGUGUGCUUAAAUCUCUGUGAUUGUUCAAAAAUCACAUCAUUACCGUCACUUGGGAGGUUACCUUCCCUCAAGUACUUGCACAUUGAGGGAAUGACUAGACUAAGUUUUGUGGGUUCUGAAUUUUAUGGGGCUAUGUCUUAUUCUGAUGAGCUUUUUCCAUCCUUAGAGACUCUAACAUUUGGAAAAAUGUUGAAGUGGGAGAACUGGUCUCAGCCCCAGGUGUUUGAAGCUGCAAAAAAAAAUUUCCCUCAUCUUCAGGAGCUUGUGAUGUGGACUUGUCCGAAGUUGGUAGAGGCUUUACCCAACUCGCUUACUUCCCUUGUAAAGCUUUCCAUUUGUGAAUGUCCACAGCUUGCAGCCUCUUUUCUGAGCCUCCCAUCUCUUUGUGAAUUGAAUUUAGAACAAUGUAAUGAGCAGUUUCUUACAAGGUUCAUAAACCUCACUGCUCUCAAUAGGUUGAAAAUUGAGAACAUUUCAAAUCUUUCUUACUUACCCAAAGACUUCACAUGCUUGGUAUCACUUGAAGUUCUUGAAGUUGAAGAUUGCGGUCAACUGACAUCCCUGUUGCAAGAGGGUGCCAGAUUAGAAAACCUUUCUUGUUUGAAGCGUCUAGCAAUCAUGAAGUGUCCUCAACUGUUGUGGUUGAUAGAUGAUGAAGAUGAGCUACCCUCCAGCCUAGAGUAUCUGGAAAUAGAAGAUUGCACCAAACUGGAGAAGCUUCCAAAUGGGCUAGAAAAGCUUAGAUCAUUAAAAGAUUUGAGUGUUAAAUGGUGCCCCAAACUAAGGUCUUUCCCAAAUAUGGAUUUGCCAUCUAUGGUUAAAAAUCUGGCAAUCUUGGGAUGUGAAUCUUUGGAGUCUUUACCUAAGGGACUGGUGCAUUGUGAUAACAGCAGAAUCACUACAUGUCAUCUUGAAAACUUGGAGAUUCUUGGAUGUCCAUCCCUCACUUUGUUUCCACCUGGUGAGUUACCAGCUGCCCUUAAGCAACUUGAGAUUUGGGAUUGCAAACAGUUGGAGUGCAUUCCAGAGAGAUUGUUGCAGAACAGUAGGUCACUUGAAGUCAUUCGUAUUGGAAACUGCAAGAAACUGAAAGCCUUUCCUCAGUGUAUGUACAGCUUUGAACAUCUAACUGAGUUGCAUGUAAAUCAAUGCCCUUCCUUGGAGUCUUUUCCAGAAAGUGGAUUGCCAAUCCGUACCCUCAGAACAGUCUUAAUCUCCAAUUGUGUGAAUCUCAAGUCCUUACCCAAUAAGAUGCAUGACCUCAAAUCUCUGCAAUAUCUCACAAUAUUUGGUUGUCCAAGUGUAAAAUAUUUUCCAGAGGGUGGUUUUCCACCAAACGUGUUAUCACUUUCUCUUUGGGGUUGCAAGCAACUCAAGCAACCCUUUGCAGAGUGGUGCCUAAACAAGCUUACAUCUCUUAAAGACUUAAAUGUUGGUGAUUUUGAUUUAGAUAUGACUUCCUUCCCUGAAGACUCUACAAUUCCACGAACUCUUGUCCACCUUCGAGUCCAGAGUCUACCUAAUCUGAGAUUUCUAUCCAAGGGGCUCCAGGACCUCGUUUUUCUUGAAGGAUUAGAUGUUUGGGAUUGCCCUAAGCUCCAGUUCUUGCCAAAGGAUGGCCUGCCUAUCAUGCUUGGUGUACUUCACAUCAGAAAUUGCCCUCUUUUAGAAAAUCAAUGCUUAGAUGAGAAAGGUUCAUUUUGGCCAAUUAUUUCUCACCUUCCUCUUGUGAGGAUAGAUUGUGUUGACAUCUGCUGAACAAACUUAAGCAGAUUGGAUUCUCAGAUGGACGGAAAAAACAGAAAUGCCAAUACCUCCUACUGUUCAACCAGGAGGCAUGCUGCAUGACUUUGUUGCCCUUUAGAAGACAAGAGAAAGAUGCAAGGUUUACUUAAUAAACAUGCUCAUGAGAAGAUUCUCACACUAAUUUUCUUAGCUUUUAAUUUUGAAAUUAGUUAGAUGUAUCUGUUAAUUAGCUCACCUUGGUGUGGCAAGUGUGGAUGAGAUUGAGUGCAGAAUGGGGAGUUGGUUGGGUGGUUCCUACCAGGUUGAGACAGUUCUUUGAAAUCUGGAAUAACACUGAUCUUAGGAAAGGGGAAGGGCAAGUGUGGGCAAUGGCGUUUUAUGCAAUCUCUUGGUCAGUGUGGCUCCAAAGGAAUGAAGUAGUUUUUAAAGGAGCUAGCUGGGACAGUAACCAGGUUUGCGAAGUAGCAAAUUGAGAGUUGCGGUGUGGGCCAAAGUCAAAUGGCCUCAUAAUUAUAGUUCAACAAUUGAUACGUAUCGGAGCCCAUCACUUGGGGCAGCAAUAACACAACCAAAACAAGGUAGACAUGUGGAUGGAUGGGCUAAACCAGCUCCGGGGGAAAUGAAAUUUAAUGUUGAAGAGCGGCGAAAGGCAGCCCUGGAGAGUCCGGAAUAGGGGGUGUGAUGAGAGAUGAACAUGGACACGUUAAAAUCAUGUUUUCCAAAUCCAUAGGGGUGGGGGAUGCUAACUUAGCUGAAAUUAUAGCUAUAAGGGCGGCGCUUAUUCUCUUUAUAGCUUCCAAAUGGGGACAAAUGAAGUAGUUGAUUAUUGAGAGCGACUCAAGCAAUGCAGUCAAAUGGGUGAAUCAGCCGACUGAAGGUUACGGAAGUGGAUCCUUCACAUUGACAGGUUGAAGAGAGAAGUGAUAAGCUGGCAAGUUAAGCACAUGUUUAGAGAGAAUAAUCAGUUGGCAGAUAAGACUGGCCAAAGCGGGGAUUGAACGUAUGCAGGAUUUUAUCAAUGUGCUGGAAUAGAGUGGAUGGGAAGGAGUUAGCAAGUUUGGCAAGUUUGUUCGGAUACUUUUCCAUGAUGCUGCAGUGGGUGGUUUCAUCAGAUGUGGUGUUUUGGCUGUGCUUGGUUUUUGCUUUUAGGUAGGUGGUGCUUUUCAUGUCCCUGUGUAUUUUAUCAUGAGGGUGUCUGCAGAGUCUGGUUCAUUGGGGCUGUUUUUUUGCUUAUGUCAGAAGUGAUUCUUUUGUUCUUUUGGGUUGUUAUGUGAUGAGAGUGGGACGUUGAUCUUUUGGUCUGGAAUUGUUUGUUUCAGCUGGUUAGUCUCUGUUGAUCUCAUUGCAACCUGAGCUUGUGUACAUUUGCUCUUCUCUGCUUAUGGCUUAAGCAGAGUUCCUGCCUUAAUGGGCAGCUUUUGUAAAGCCUCUUGUUAAUGAAAUUAUAUCUUCAACUUUCAAAAAAAAAAUAAAUUAUCUCACCUUCUCCUCCCUUUCCCCCAUUCCAAAUCACAUUAUGCCUCUAGCUUUAUCACACCUUAACCUGCUUGUUAUGUUAUAGUCAUUGCUCAGUUUACCAUCAAGUGGAUAAUAAUUAGUGUUGUUAUCCCUCACAAGCUAUAGAAAGUAUCGAGAGCAUGAUCUCUCUGUUUGGUGACAGAUUGCAGGUUUGAGCAUCUUUGCUCCUAAAGAAAUGGCUGACUGCUGUACUCAGAGGAUCAUAUGCUAAGCAGUGUAAUUCUUCCAAUGUAAUGAUACUCAGGAGAAAAACAUUAAUGUUACCUCAUAAUUCAGAUUCUUAGCAUGCCCUACAUUUCCAGGACUCUUAAUUGCAGCUACCUGCUGUUAAUAUGUAAUGGAGAAAGUUUCACAGUUAAGACAGCAAGUUGUAUUUUCUCUUGC